UGAGGCGGAGGAGGCGGCGGCGGCGGCGGAGGCCUCGCGGGCUCCCGGAGGCGGCGUGGCAUCGUCAGCGUCGUCGUCGUUAUCGGCGGCCCUGCCCUUUGUCUUCUCCUUCUUCCCGCCCCGUCCCGCGGGGUUGAUGUGGCUGCGCUGGGAGAGGAGGAUGAACGGAGGAUAAAUGGUGCCCAAGGCGGACAGCGGCACCUUCCUCCUCCUCUUCCUCCUCGUGCUCAGCAUCACCGAGCCGCUGCGGCCAGAACUGCGUUGCAUCCCUGGGCAAUUCACCUGCCGGAGUGGUUCAGUCCAGUGCAUCCCUUCCAAGUGGCAGUGCGAUGGGUGGCCCACCUGUGAGGAUGAAAGUGAUGAAGUUGGCUGCCCAAACUAUACGGGGGACCAACGCAUUUAUCACGGGAAGGAAAAUGUGGAUUCCAGGCACGGUCGCGGAAGAGGAGGGGACACGACACGCUUCCAUACCAUCAACAUGGCACAGCCAGUUCGAUUUAGUAGUUUCCUAGGGAAAUGCCCAUCAGGGUGGCACCACUACGAGGGCACUGCCAGUUGCUACAGGGUGUACCUAAGCGGAGAGAACUACUGGGAUGCUGUACAAACCUGCCAGAAGGUGAAUGCUUCCUUGGCCACCUUUACCACCGACCAGGAGCUGAAGUUCAUUUUGCAACAAGAGUGGGACUCUGAGGAGAAGACCUUUGGCCGGAAAGAUCAACGCCGCACCUUUCUCUGGGUAUCUUUUUCCUACUGUGUGGGUUGAAGGAACCACACAGCGUGACCCAUCCUCUCUUCCUCCCGUUUUGUCGUUUCAGGAUCGUCGGAGGUAUUCCUGCCCCCGAAUCCUACCUUUAGUACAUCGCUCUCCGAAAACGAAAACAUCCUCUGCGCCCAAUUCCAGUGCUCCCACUUCCCAAUUCUCCGGCACCAUGGUUUUCACAGCUGGUAUGCCGAGAACUGCUACGAAAAAUCAUCCUUUCUUUGUAAGAGAAGCCAGACCUGCGUGGAUAUCAAAGACAACAUUGUCGACGAAGGCUACAAUUUCACACCGAAAGGGGAUGACCCCUGCUUAAGUUGCACAUGUCACAACGGCGAGCCGGAGAUGUGCGUGGCGGCCUUGUGCGAGCGGCCGCAGGGCUGUCAGCAUUACCUAAAGGAUCCCAAGGAAUGCUGCAAAUUCACCUGUUCAGAUCCUGAUGGCUACAGUUUGUUCGAUUCCAUGGCCAGCGGCAUGCGACUCAUCGUCAGCUGCGUCUCUUCUUUCCUCAUUUUGUCCCUCCUGCUCUUCAUGGUCCACCGGCUGCGGCAGAGACGCCGGGAGCGCAUCGAAUCUCUCAUCGGAGCCAACCUGCAUCAUUUUAACCUGGGCCGACGGAUGCCUGGUUUCGAUUACGGUCCAGACGGCUUUGGAACGGGACUCACACCCCUGCACCUUUCCGAUGACGGAGAAGGUGGAGCCUUUCACUUCCACGACCCUCCUCCGCCCUACACAGCCUACAAAUAUCCAGACAUCCAACAUCCAGAUGACCCUCCGCCCCCUUAUGAAGCUUCCAUCAACCCGGACAACAUUCUUUGUUCUCCACCAGACGGGCUCCAUUCUCAGAUGGGUCCUGCCGCUCAGCUGUCCUUAGGGAACGCCGACACGACUCCACCACUCCCGGACGACUCUCUUCCUCCUUCCGUCGGCCCGUCCCCGAUGGACCUUGAAAACUCUGCCGACAGCAGCACCCUCCUUGUCCUACCAGACACUCCUUUAAGUGAAAGCACGCUCUCGGAAAGCCUGGCUGGCAACCAACACAGCCACUGUUCUCUAAACACCAUUGUAUAAAUAAAAGAAAAAAGGAAACACAAUCAAAACGAGAGAUUUCCCCUCCCAUUAAACUGCCAGCCAGCAAUCAAUGUCAGGCAAGCUGCUUGUCCGGCCCGAUGCACGAGGAGGAAAUGCUGGAUUCACGGACUGAAGUUCGGAAAUAAAAAACCUCCCGUGUCUGGCUUUUUCAGAUUCUCCUUUUGAGUUUAAAACUUGGCCUUAGGCGGUCCUCUUCCAUUCUUACCUUACCCUCUUCAGAAGAAGAAGAAUCAAGUUGUAAAGAAAUGCUUUUCUUUGUUUUUCUACCGGCAGUGGGGAAAAAAAGAG